AUGGGUUCGCUUAGGCGGAGCUUGUCGAGAAGGCGGUCGUUUAGGUCUGGGGUGGAUAUGGAUGAUAGGGGAUGGACUCUGCUCCAUAUUGGUUGUCGCAAGGGUGAUCUGAAACAGGUGAAGCGACUUCUUAAUGAGGGAAUGGAUGUGAAUGUUGCUGCUUGGGGUCCAAAAUCAAAAGGGAUUACCCCUCUUCACCUAGCUGCUGAGGGUGGCCAUCUGGAGGUUAUGGAUGAAUUGCUUGAGCGUGGUGCUAAUAUUGAUGCCAGAACUAAGGGUGCUUGUGGCUGGACACCGCUUCACAGUGCAGCCAAAGAGAGGAGGAGGGAAGCCGUGAAGUUUCUGGUAGAGAAUGGGGCAUUCUUGCCAGACGAUAUGUAUGACUGUAGGUUUAAUCCUCCACUCCAUUACUGCCCUGGACUUGAGUGGGCUUAUGAGGAGAUGAAGCGUCUUCAGCUAGAAAGUGCAUCGUCAGGGGAGAGCUCUUGCAGCUCUGAAAGCUAA